AUUUAUUUACUAACUAAUUUUCACAUACCAGCGACCCCGAACACCCUUCCCCCUCCGCCUCUUGACUCAGAUUUCUCCUAUCUUUGUCGGCGCCGUUCAGACGGGAUCCACCUUCCUUUCGUGGUCCUCAGUCAGCCAGCAACACCUGUUUCGUGCUUUUCAGCCCUCAAAGUUGCUCAGCUCAGCAGUGUUCUUGACCUUUCUUGCCGCCGCUCGCAACGACGAAUGAACCAGUGAAGGAAUGGAUCGAACAAUUGCAACGACAGCUCCUUGUGCUUGCUUCUCUAUUGCCAGCAUUGGCUUCAAAUUGAACCCUAAAGCCAUUAUAAUCACCAUGAAAGACAGAAGCAAGAACCGGAAGCCGCUGCAGAAAGGCAGGAACCUCAGCAUCGAAGCAAUUCAAGCGGUUCAAUCCUUGAAGCGAGCCAACCGCAACAAUUCAUUUUCGGAAUUGGAACGCGUCUUCAACUUCAAGUUUCGCCGCUUAUUGAAGUUCGAUAUGAUGGCCGUCCUCCGUGAACUCCUCCGCCAAAACGAAUGUCUUUUGGCUCUCAAGGUGUUCGACGAUAUUCGUAAGGAGACAUGGUACAAGCCUCGGUUGUUGAUAUACGCUGAUAUGCUAUCAGUGUUCGCCAGCAAUGGGUUGUUUAAGGAGGUUGAGCUUAUUUACUCGUAUCUGAAAACAGAAAGCUGUUUAGAUCCUGAUAUUGUGGGAUUCAAUGCUGUAUUGAAUGCUUUGAUUAGUUUUCAGCUCACGCACCUUGUGAUGGAUUGCUAUGAAUUGAUGAAAGUUGUGGAUUGCGAACCGGAUAGAUCGUCGUUUCGAAUCCUCAUUAAGGGUUUGGAAUCGAUAGGGGAAACUGGGUUUUCUGCGAUUUUGAGACGGGAUGCUCAGAAAAUCUAUGGUGAAUCAUUGGAGUUCUUGGAGGAAGAAGAAGAGGUCCCAGCUGUGGUUAAAAGAAGAUAUUAGGGUCAUCAAU